CAUUUGGCUUAGUCCUCAGAGGUUGGAGAGCCUAUAGCUUUUUAUGUGGAUAAAUCCAGUGAUGGAUGGAAAUACUAAAGGCAGAUCAAGGAAUAACACUAUUGAGGACUUCAGAUGGCAGCGAACUCUUAAAAGGAGAUUUUCACUAAUAAAUAUUUUGCUCUGAUGUUUGGAAUUAGCACUUGGAUAUAGCUCCUGCAUAUUUACUGCAUUUGGUGAACGCAUGCUUUUAGGAAAGCGCUGUUCUAAAUUUAUCUGACUUAUCUGAAUCAUCUUGACUGCACAUGUACUUGCCAGCCAUGCAUGUUGAUAUUUGGUAACUUUUGUGAAGUCACUUUUCUGUUUUCUAAGUGGGUGAGUGUUAGGUUAUUGGGAAAAGAAUCUUAGCCGACGUGAGAAACUCCUUUCAAACAAGAAUUAUGAAGUACUUGGCCAAAGAGAGCUGCAGGCAUUAUCAGUAACUAUUUUGAGAAGACUUUGACCCCUUUUGCUGCAUCUGUACCUUCUUUCUUUGUGUAAAGGCAGACAAGUGGAUUUUUUACAGGAUUCUGAAAAAAGAAAGAUUACACUGUAACUGUUCAUGGAACUCCCCAGAACUGUCUGGUAGAGGAAAAUGAAAAUGGUAGUGCACAUUGCUCCUUCACAGUGAGUCCAGAUUUUGCCAAAGGAAACUCAAUCAGAUUUAAGCCUUCACGACUGCUCCUAAGGAAGAGAGCGUUAAGUUUUCAGAAGGAGUUCUCAUUUGAAGAUAAAGAAGAACUUGCGAACAGCACAAAGGAUAUUGAUGCUAAUCUCUUAGCAGUACUUCCCAAAGUUUCAGAAUUAAGGAAACUCUUUGAACCAAACAACCGAGAUUUUUUGGAAAUGAAAAGAAAAGAAAGAAUAGCUAGGCGCUUAGAGGGAAUUGAAAAUGAUACACAGCCUAUGCUUCUACAAAACUGCCCAGGAUCAGUCACACACCGUUUGCUAGAGGAAGAUACACCAAGAUAUAUGCGUGCAACUGACCCUUACAGCCCUCACUUAGGAAGAUCAAAUGAAGAGGAGGAAACUUCAGAUUCUUCUGUAGAGAAACACCCCAGAUCAUCCAGAUACCGAUCAGAAACCACAGGAGGUAAUACAGAGCCCUUGUACAGUACAGCAAACAUGGAUGUCCAGGAACUAGAGUCAAAAGCAGAGAGAAUAGCUAGGUACAAAGCAGAGAGGCGACGCCAGCUGGCAGAAAAGUAUGGAUUAUCUCUUGAGUCUGAUUUGGAUUCUGACUACUCAUCCAGAUAUACACGGGCAAGGAAAGAUCCUGACAGCGUGGAAAGAAAGGGAGUGAAAAGUGAAAGGCAAGAUGAUGAAAACAAGGACUAUGGCACCCUCUAUUUUUCCAGGACUGAGACAAAGGCAUCAAAGAGUUCAAUUUCUGAUUCCAAAGAGUACUCCAGCCGUGAAGAUAAAGAUGACCUCUCAAAUGAAAAGGGUGUUAGAAAAGCAGAUGACAGUGCCAUUAGACAGGCUUCUGACCCUUCAGCAACCUUGGAUAGUUCUGUCUCCCUUUCACUUUCUGGACGAGACUCUUCCUGCUAUAACGAAGUGCCAAUACCACCAAAGCAAGCCCCCCGAGAGUCCCUCUCUUCACCAAAGCGGGCAGCCUCACCGACCCACUUGCAGAAUGACCAGCCCUUGCACAGUAACAGCAGACAAAGUAGUGCAGGGAAAGCAAAACCUGAAUGGUUUCUUCAGAAAGAUUCGGAAGGGGACACACCUUCACUUAUCAGCUGGCCCUCCAGAGUAAAAGUUAGAGAGAAAUUGGUGAAAGAGGAAAGUGCUCGUGGAAGCCCUGAACUUGUCACAGACACAGUAUCUCAGAGAAAAUCCCAUCCAGUGCCAGCCCACUACAUGCCUCUUCAGACAGAAACGUCUGCCUUUGAUAGGGUUAUAAAUCAGCCCAUCAGUUCCGUGCGCCAGCCAAUCCAUGGCUAUAUUCAGCCUGCUGGCAUUGCUCACACAGCUCAGCUGAUGGCAGCAGAAGAACCAGCCAACACCCCUGCUGGCAGCCUCCUCCCGACGGACAGUGUCAGCCUCGGAGCAAAGUCCUCAGCAGCCGCUGCAUCAGAGAGUGAAAAGAAGGAAGCACCUGGUUAUGGAGCAAAACCUGCUGAAGAAGAUUCCUUGGAGGGUGAACAGGCUUCCAAAGGCAGAAGGCCAAUUCUGCCGUCUGAGAUUCGCAAGCAAGGGAAGAACCACGAAGGCCUCUUUGGUGGAGGAGAAUUGGAGACCCCUGUGGGGAGUUCCUCCUUUGCAAGCAAGCCAAAAGUUAACUCAGAAGUUCAGAGGGAGUUGGAAUGCAAUAAGAGGCAGGCCCCUGAGCAGCAGUUUAAGACCCCUGAGAAUGUAGAAAGGAGUGAAGCUGUUAUGUACAUACAGAGCGGAUCUGUAUUGCAGCCUGACAAGGCAAAGGCUCCCAUUUGGAAAGUGUCAACAAAGCAUAAGGUCCUGACUCGCUCCAUGUCUGACUAUACUGUGACUACUAAGCUAGAACCUUUUAAAAGUAAGGAGAGCAUGGAAGCAAAUCCACCAAAUGGUGAGAUUGGCAUGGUUGACACAAAAGUCUCUGUUGCCCAGCUCCGUAAUGUCUUUCUGGAGUCUGCUAAUGCCAACAAGAAAACGGAACUUGACUCUCGGUUUGAGAUGUCAGCAGCAGGUAGUACUGUGUCUGCCAAUGGGGACCGUGAAAGAGGGCCACGAAAGGCAAGGCGCUAUUUUACUCCUGGUGAAAAUAGAAAGACUUCUGAGAGAUUUAAAACUCAACCUAUAACAUCAGCAGAACGAAAGGAGACAGAUAGGUCAAUUUUGUAUGCAGAAAUACCAACUGCUGACGAUGAAGAAAAAUUGGAUGACCGAGCCAAACUAAGUGUAGCUGCAAAGAGACUCCUUUUUAGAGAAAUGGAAAAAUCAUUUGAAAUGAAAAAUAUUCCCAAACCACCUACAAGAAGUUCAGCAGUGGAGAGAAGGCUGCGGCGCUUGCAGGACAGGUCUCACACACAGCCCAUCACCAGCGAGGAGGUGGUCAUUGCAGCUACUGAAACUACCCCUGCUUCACGUUCUGUGAAUACCCACACAGUAGUGACAAGAGUACCUAGUCCCACUGUAGUUAAGAGCACUGUACAACCUACCAGCUUGCAGGCAUCAGCACACCAAAAAAUUUUAGCUAAAGAGGAGAUAAGAGCAGCCAAAGAGGCGAUGGGGCAAGAUCAGUCUGAGGAACCAGAUUCUUCCACCUUAAGCUUGGCAGAAAAGAUGGCUUUGUUUAACAAACUGUCUCAACCAGUGUCCAGGGCAAUCUCCACGAGGAAUCGGGGAGAUCUGAGGCACAGGAGGAUGAAUGCUCGUUACCAGACUCAGCCAGUCACUCUUGGAGAAGUUGAGCAGAUGCAAUGGAAAAAAAAUAAACUGGUACAGAAUGAAAGUGGAAAGAUCGCUCCCCUGUCAUCUGCAGUUGCAACAUCAAUUUCAGCCAUGGCCUCUGCCCUCGCUCCGUUGUUCGGGGACCUGCCCGGGAAGCCGGGGACUGACGGGAGAGGCAGCGCUGCCACGAGGUUCCACCCUGCAGCAGAAAACUUGGACUCGUCAGGAAAACGCUCCCACAAGUCAGAGCAGUGGCAGCCCUCAAUGGAAGCACUAGAAAGCAGAACAGCAUCAAAGAAACACGAAGAAGAAAGAAAGAGGUUUCUAGCCCAUGAAGCUAAUGAAAUUAAAAAGUACAGCUCCUUUGAGGAUGAAACCGCACAUCCUGUUCCUGAAAAAACAGGAGACCACCAUAAAGAGACAGCAUACAGCUUCCUGAGGAAGGGCAGCUUGGAACUGUUUGGUUCACAAGCACUUUUUCAGCCUCUGGAACAGAAGGAAAUCGAUACUGCCAUGCAAGACCACGCUGAGCCUUCUUCUGAACUCACCAGCACAUCAGCCAUGAGGACAGUUUCACAAACUGCAGCUGCAGCAUCCUGUAGACUGCAGGAGCUCUCUGAACAAUUGGAAGGCAAAUUUUAUAAGAAUUCCUGUGAGAUGUUUUCCAUGGGAGAGAGCAAAGCACAAACGGCUGAGGAUGUCCUUGAUAAUUCCAGCAAAACUAUGUCAAUUAAGGAAAGGUUGGCAUUGCUGAAGAAGAGUGGUGAAGAAGAUUGGAAGAGCAGGCUCAGCAAAAAGCAGGAGUAUGCAAAAGUGCCUCUCGCUGAUCGUAGUGCACAGAUGCAAGAAGUUGAGCAGCUGUUGAAGAAGGGACCUGUAUAUGCUUCUACUUAUUCUCCUGUUAUACCUGCUCUCCAUAAAUUUCAUCCUUUUCUACCUAUUAAUCAGGUCUGUAGUACUAGUUUGAAAGAAUCAAGCUCUCUGAUUUCUGAUGACCGUCAUCCUUGGAGAUGGAAGCAAAGAAUGACAGAUAACCAGGAGAGUCAAAUGACCAUUGAGGAGAGGAAACACCUGAUAACAGCUCGAGAAGAAGCCUGGAAGUCCAAGGGUAAAGGAGCAGCCAAUGACUCCACACAGUUCACCGUAGCUGGCCGAAUGGUAAAAAAAGGCCUGGCUUCUCCAAGUGCACUAACACCAGUAGCAUCCCCUUUCCGGCAGAAGUCCACCACUCCAGUUACAAAGCCCUUGGAAGAAAUUGAAGCCAGGCCUGAUAUGCAGCUGGAAUCAGAUAUGAAGCUUGACAAGUUGGAGUCAUUCUUGGGAAGGCUGAAUAACAAAGUUUCUGGGAUGCAAGAGACAGUGCUGACAGUUACAGGAAGAUCUGUGAAAGAGGUGAUGAAGCUGGAUGAUGAUGAAACAUUUUCCAAAUUUUAUCGCCAUGUGGAUUUCCCUUCCUCCUCAGUGCCUUUGGACCUUGAUGAGGACUUUGAUGCCAUCUUUGAUCCUUAUGCACCAAAGUUGACAUCUUCUGUAGCAGAGCACAAACGUGCAGUUAGGCCCACGCGCAGAGUCCAGUCCUCAAGAAAUCCCCUGAAAAUGCUUGCAGCAAGACAAGAUAUUCUUCAUGAAUAUACUGAACAAAGACUGAAUGUUGCCUUCAUGGAGUCAAAGCGAAUGAAAGUAGAAAAAAUGUCUACAAAUUCAAAUUUCUCAGAAGUAGCCCUUGCUGGCCUGGCAAGCAAAGAAAACUUCAGCAACAUUAGCCUGCGGAGUGUUAAUCUAACAGAGCAAAACUCUAACAACAGUGCUGUGCCAUACAAGAAGCUAAUGCUCCUGCAAAUUAAAGGAAGAAGACAUGUUCAAACAAGAUUAGUUGAACCAAGAGCCUCAUCACUGAACAGUGGAGACUGUUUCCUGUUGUUAACUCCACAUUUAUGUUUCUUGUGGGUAGGAGAGUUUGCAAAUGUCAUAGAAAAAGCAAAGGCUUCAGAACUUGCAACUUUAAUUCAGACAAAGAGGGAACUUGGCUGUAGAGCUUCUUAUAUACAGACUAUAGAAGAAGGAAUAAAUACCCAUACCCACGCAGCCAAAGACUUCUGGAAACUCCUUGGUGGACAGACAAAUUACCAGUCUGCUGGAAGUCCUGAGGAAGAUGAAAUGUAUGAAGCCGCAAUAAUAGAAACAAAUUGCAUUUACCGCCUCGUAGAGGAUAAACUCAUUCCUGAGGAUGACUACUGGGGAAAGGUGCCAAAAUGUACCCUGCUACAACCAAAAGAGGUGCUGGUGUUUGAUUUUGGCAGUGAAGUGUAUGUAUGGCAUGGAAAAGAAGUUACUUUAGCACAAAGAAAAGUGGCAUUCCAGCUGGCAAAACACUUGUGGAAUGGCACCUUUGACUACUCCAAUUGUGAUAUAAAUCCUCUGGACCCCGGAGAAUGCAAUCCCCUCAUACCCAGAAAGGGACAAGGACGCCCAGACUGGGCUGUAUUUGGCAGACUCACAGAACAUAAUGAGACAAUAUUGUUCAAAGAAAAAUUUCUUGAUUGGACGGAACUGAAGAAACUCAAUGAGAAGAAUUCCAGUGAAUCCCUUCACCAGAAGGAAGAAUCCAGAUCAGACUCUAAACCAUAUGAUGUCAUGCGAAUGGUAGCUGUGCCUCAAACAACUGUGGGCACAGUCUUGGAUGGAAUGAAUAUUGGCCGGGGUUAUGGACUGGUAGAAGGAGAAGAUGGGAGGCAGUUUGAAAUUAUCACUGCCUCUGUGGAUGUCUGGCACAUCCUGGAAUUCGAUUAUAGUAGACUGCCUAAGCAAAGCAUAGGGCAGUUCCACGAGGGAGACACAUAUGUGGUGAAGUGGAAGUACAUGGUGAGCACUACAGUUGGAAGCAGACAAAAAGGAGAGCAACAAGUACGGGCUGUUGGAAAAGAAAAAUGUGUGUAUUUCUUUUGGCAAGGAAGGCACUCCACAGUGAGUGAGAAAGGAACAUCAGCACUCAUGACAGUGGAACUUGAUGAAGAGAGAGGAGCACAGGUACAAGUGCUUCAAGGGAAAGAACCACCAUGCUUCUUGCAGUGUUUCCAAGGAGGGAUGAUUGUGCAUGCUGGAAGAAGGGAAGAGGAAGAAGAAAAUGCACAAAGUGAUUGGAGGCUUUAUUGUGUGCGAGGAGAAGUUCCCAAUGAAGGAAACUUACUUGAAGUAGCAUGUCACUGCAGCAGCCUGCGUUCCAGGACAUCCAUGAUUGUCCUCAAUAUCAACAAAGCUCUCAUCUACCUGUGGCAUGGCUGCAAAGCACAGUCUCACACCAAGGAUGUAGGAAGAACAGCAGCCAAUAAAAUAAAAGAACAGUGUCCGCUGGAGGCAGGGCUGCACAGCAGCAGCAAGGUGACGAUUCAUGAAUGUGAUGAAGGGUCAGAGCCCUUGGGAUUCUGGGACGCACUGGGGAGGAGAGAUCGGAAGGCCUAUGACUGCAUGUUGCAAGAUCCUGGAAAGUUUAAUUUCACACCCCGCCUGUUCAGCCUCAGUAGUUCAUCAGGAGAAUUCUCAGCCACUGAGUAUGUUUACCCUUCAAGAGACCCUGCUGUCAUCAAUUCCAUGCCAUUCUUGCAAGAGGAUCUUUACACUGCCCCACAGCCAGCACUCUUCCUUGUUGACAAUCACCAUGAAGUGUACCUGUGGCAAGGCUGGUGGCCUGUGGAGAACAAAAUCACUGGAUCAGCUCGAAUCAGGUGGGCUACAGACAGAAAAUGCGCCAUGGAGACAGUGCUCCGGUACUGCAAAGGAAAAAAUGUAAAGAAGCCCCCAAAAUCCUAUUUAAUUCAUGCUGGCCUAGAGCCUCUGACAUUCACUAAUAUGUUCCCAAGUUGGGAGCACAGGGAAGACAUCGCAGAGAUCACAGAAAUGGAUGCUGACGUUUCCAAUCAGAUAAUACUUGUGGAGGAUGUGCUGGCCAAGCUGUGUAAAACAGUGUAUCCAUUAGCAGAUCUCUUAGCUAGGCCUCUGCCUGAGGGAGUUGACCCACUGAAGCUUGAAAUUUACCUUUCAGAUGAGGACUUUGAGGUUGCAUUAGAGAUGACAAGAGAGGAGUACAAUGCACUGCCAUCUUGGAAGCAAGUUAACCUGAAGAAGGCAAAAGGACUUUUCUAAACUGUGUUUAUGGAAGUGAGCACUAAAGGGAUGUCCACUCUCACUUUCUGUGUCCUUUAGAAGAAUUGUACCCUACAUUUACAGAGCAAAUAAAAUUAAUCCAAAGUUAUUAGUGACUACCUAUCUGGAGGUGUGUAAUAUUAUAAUAAAAGGCCAAGAGAACUCUUUGAAAAUUGAAUUAAAUUUUGACUCUUAAAAGUGAUGUGUUUAAGCUCUGUUCUCCUAUGCACUUAAACAGUAGUUAAUUGAGCUACUGCUGCAGGUGUCCUUUGGCUAUAUCCAAUACUUGCCAUUUUUGUUUUUAAAGAAGUUCUCUUUGUAAAGUGUUAUUUUGUUAGUUUGUGGAUUACAAAGAAUUUAUAUUUAUAUAAACACAUAGAACAAGUAUGUAUUUAACAAUGCAAUAUGUAUUCACUUUCAAGACUUCCAUGUCAAAACUACAGAAAAGUAGCUGGAUGGCAGUUGCUUGUACUGAAUUAGCUAUACCACCAAUAUGUAUCUCCUUUGCAUUCUGAAAAGUUUCUCUUUGCAAUAGUUAAUGAAUUGUUCUCAGUGCUGCUUCAGGUGCUAAACCGAACAAAGCGUUUGUAUUUAUAGCAUGGAUUUCUUGAGAAACUAUGCGAAUCAACCUUUAUACUUUAUUAUCCAAAAAUGUAUAGUGCCUUGUUUUUUGUGUACAGUUUAUAUACAAAAAAAAGAUUGGUCUGCAUUUUGAAGAUGGCUUAGAACGGUCUUCUAUGUUACUUUUAUAAUAGUAGAAAUAAAAACAUCUCAGUUUCUAAUCCUUGUUGUAAACAUUAAACAUGUCUUUUGUGAUAUAAGAACCAAAAGUAAAAGCUUCUGAAUAAACUCUUAGCAAUACUCUGACUUGUCAUUAAUUUGUACUGUAAUCUGUACUAGCAUUGGAACCUUACGUAACAUAGUAUUUUCUCAAAAUAUUUUAACCUUUGAUGUCUGUGGGUAUUGUACAGAGUUAUAAUUUGAGAAGCAAAAAAUGUAGAAAACAAUCAAUGUAUGAGAUAAAGUUGGGCAAAACUUUAACGCUGAUUGUUGGAACAUGUCAGUCACACAAUUCUGUAUUCUUUGAAUUUCCCUGUUUUGUAUACAAAACCAAAAUUAUUAUGCUGGUUUUCAAAAUUUGAAAAAAUCUUUUCAACCUUUGUGCAAUUGGGAGUAAAAUUUGAAUUGAAAAUGA